AGAAAGGCCGUGAUAAUUAUGACCGAAAUUUGCGUUUUUGAAUGAAUUACAGUUGAAUGGUGGAUCAACAAGCACACACCGUGUGAGGACUGGUUUGCUGGCAAUGACACACCAGCGAGUUUCAUUUUAAAGGACAGCACAGCAGAGCAAGCAUCGGAGAAAGGUCAUAUUAGCUAAUGGCUUCCGAAUCGGGGAGACUACAGGCGGGACAAGGAAAACGAAAAGCUUCACAGAUGAAGAGCCCGGAGAAGAAGAAGGCCAGGAAAUCUUCCACUCAGGCGGCAGGGUUCUCCCACCUCACUGAGUUUGCGCCUCCUCCUACGCCCAUGGUGGACCAUCUGGUCGCCUCCAACCCAUUUGACGAUGACUUUGGAUCUCCGUCCAGACCGAGUGGGGCAGCCGGACCAGGUGGGGCUCCGUUUCUCCCCAGUCCAGGUGCCGGUGGAGGAGGUGGGUAUGGAGGUGGAGGCAGAAUGGGUCCAGGCAUGAACUUCAUGGGAGGCCCGAGUGGAAAUGGUCCGCCUGGACGCAGACCGCCCUUCGGCCCUCCGAGCAACGCUGGACCGCACCAGCAGUUAGGCUUUGGAGGAAUGCCCGGCUUUGGAGGCGGAGGAGGUGGAGGCGGUGGUGGUGGAGGAGGCGGGGGAGGUGGAUUUCCUCCUGGUGGCCCCUCUCAGUUCAAUAUGCAACCAAACUUCAGUCCCCCCAUGCAUCCUGGGCCAGGAUUUAACUCCAUGUUGUCUCCAGGAGGAAUAGGGGGUCCUGGAGCCGGUGGGCCACCCCAUCCUCGUUUCAGCAUGCCCCCCCAGCAGCAGCACGGACAGGGCGGACACCCGUUCAACAGCCCACCGUUGCCUGGAGGUGGAGGUCCACGAGGGCCCUUGCCUCCCAUGGGAGGAGGCAUGGGUCCUGGGAUGAACAUGAUGGGUGGAAUGGGUGGUGGCCCUGGUGGCAACAUGGUAGGGGGAGGGUUGCCAGGUAUGCCUCCUCAAGGACAGUUUCCUCCCUCACAGGAAGGCCCCUACCCUGGCCCCAGUCCGCCAGGGCCCGGCAGCGAGGAUGGGAAGAACUUCGGUGGAGGAGGGGGACCGCCUGGUCCUCCGCCGCAGCAGCAACAACAACAGCAGCAGCUUAACAUGAAUCCCAACGGCCCCCCAAAUAACAACACUACACCCGGCCCUCCUUCUAACUCUGGACCUUCACAACCAGGUGGAGGCUUUCCCGGCCACCCCGAUGUCCCACCACAAAGUGCAAACACACCUGGCCAACCUCCGUCAGCUCCACCGCAACCCAACUCUUCUCCUACCGGUCCGCUGAACGGAUCAGGUCAACCCCAGCACCCGCAGUCGGGUCAGCUGCAGCCCCCCAACAACACCAACACCCCAAACUCCAACAACUCCAAUCAGCAGCAGCAACAAUCAACUCCGCCAAACUCUGCAGGGUCUUCCUCUUACAACCAGCAGAACAACACUCCCGGUUCCGGCGGACCGCUGUCCAACGCUGCCCCCAACUCAAAUCAGAACAACAUAGCUAACAACAAUGGAGGCAACACUCCUGGCAGCAACCCCAACCCCCCCUCAAACUCCACCUCGACCCCUAACACCCAGUCUCCCCUGCCUCCUGGACCCACGGCCCCGACAACUGGGCCCAGCUCAGGGCCUGGAAAACUCGGCGGACCCGGUAUGGUCUUCCCUUGUGGCAUGUGUUUGGCGGAAGUACACGACGACCAGGACGCCAUCCUUUGCGAGGCUACGUGCCAGCGCUGGUUCCACCGUGACUGUACGGGCCUUACAGAACCGGCGUACGGGCUGCUGACCACAGAAAGCGCCGCCGUUUGGGCUUGUGACUUCUGCAUCAAGACCAAGGACAUACAGGCCGUGUACGUUCGCCAGGGUUUAGGCCAGCUGGUGGCGGCUAACGAGAGCUGAGCAGCAUCGAUUGGACAAACGGACUCUGAUCUAAAUGAAUGACCUGUGUGCCAUGUCAGCUGCGGCUUGGCCAGCCCUUUACUCGUUCACUACACAAAAGCGACACACUCAUCGACUCUGAUGCUUAAACGUAGCACUUUGAGUGACUCUAGACAAAUACAUUUUCCUUCCCCUCCCCGGCAAUUAGAGUUUGAAAUCAUGAUGAAUGUUACCCACGUUGAGAAAUCCGCCUGCCAAUCAGCAAAGCACUGACACCAACACACUACCUCAAAUCGCUUGUAACUGACUGGCACAGAAACUCCCGCACUGACUGACUCACUGAACCAUGUGUGUGCGUGGCGAUAUUUCCAGCUCACGCACUCAGAAAAUUAAAUCAGGCGGUGGGACAUGAUGUUUAAAUACUCGCUUUGUACUGGUAUGAGUUCAGCAGAUUACUGGUUUUAAUUAGAAGACGCCCUGGAACGGCUACCAGAAGUAAUCAAGGAUCCUCCAGUCUGGAAUGCGGUUAAACUAUUUGGUUAAGUGUGGAAAAAAGAAAAUGAGUAGGGAAAAUUUUAUUUGUAUUUCUUUCCUUUUAUUCAUCGUUUUAUUCUUCCAGUAUUUCCUUGUUUCUACCUUCUAUCUUCCAUCUGUCCUUCCUUUUUCUUUCUCUUCUUCCUUUUCCUACUUUAUUCUUCUUUGUCUUUUCAUCCCACUUUUUUUCAAUGUCCUUCCUUUAUUCCCUUUCUUCUUUACUUCUUCCUUUCAUUAUGUCCUUUUCUGUGUGACUUGACUCCUACAUACACUUCCUUUUUUCCACUAUUCUGUGCUGCUUUUUGCUUUUCUUGUAGGACUGGGUGAUAAAUCGGUUUUAUUGAUUAAUCAAAUUUUUAUUUUUGAAGAUUACAUUUUUGGAAAAUCAUGAUUCAGGAAACCCAAAGUUGCUUCUUUGUUUGACAGAUUCAAACGAAAUUUGAAUUUAGACUUAUUUUAAAAUUUGAAUUUCAAACUAAAUUAUUUUUUUAAAAAUUUAUUCAAAAGAAUAUUACAACAAAAUAUUAGGGCAAGGCUAAGAUUGUUUUUAAAAAUCUAAAUUAUUAUUUAUUUUGAUUAUUUUGUAAGAUUGUUUAUUUUUAUGAUAAAAAUAAAUACAUUUACCAGAAGCUGUAAUAUUAGGAGAUUAAAGUAUUAUUUCUUGAGAAUUCCAACACAAAGUUGAAUUAAAACGAGGAAUGUUGAACAUCUUUUAACAUUAUACUUUGGUUUAGGGUUUAGAAAUAAUACUUAAUAGAAAAACUUACAAUUUUAACAUAUCGCCAUCAAAUUAUCAAUAGCUGGACUUUGAAACCGUGUGUAUAUUUAAAUAAAGAAGCACAUGAAUUCACAUCAGAUCCUGAUAACUGAACUGUUUUCUCAUUAAAACAACUUUUUUCUUGUAAUAUUAAGAUGUUUUUUCUGGUAGAAUUGAGUCUUUGUUUCUCUUAAUAUUAUGACUUUAUUCUAAUAAUUAAACAAAAAUUCUCGUAGCCUGGCCCUAGUACUCUGUUGUUCAGUUUACAGAAGCGAUGAAAUAAAAGCCACUUUUUGAAGAUAUUUCUUUUGUCAUUUCUUUUCAGAAAAGAAAACUGGGGUUGGGGGGGAUUAAUUAAAAUAAAAUAAUUUAGUCUGGCAUGAUAAAAAUCUGAGAUUUUAAUCUUAAGAUCGCUCAGCUCUUUUUUUCUUUUAUUCUUUCUUCCUUGUGUCUUUAGUUCCAUCUUUCCUUUCGUUCUCCCUUUUUUCUGUCCUUCCUGUUAGUGUGUGGUUUUUGAAACUUCCUUAUCUGAUACCUGGUAAAAGAAAAAAAAAUCUGCCAUAAAUUAAGUGAUUUUUUUGUGUGUUUGUAUCUGAAAGUGAACUUAAAGGACUGGGAACUUUGGAAACCUUUUACCAGAUAAAUGUGUAGGAACCCUGUGAAAAGGUCCCAUGAAUUCGCAGCUUAGUUUUCUACUGAAACGCUUCAGUUCAGCACUGCCCUUUCACAUUGUUGGCCUUUUACUGCAAGCAAGGGGAAAAACUGAAAACAAUACGUCAGUGUGUGGCAGUAUAAACAUGUCAGUAUUAAGUGUAUUGUGGAAGCUAAACCUUACAUGCUUUAACCCUACUUACUGCAUCAUUCUGUACCCACUGCUGGUUAAUCCAAAGGAGCAUGAGGUCGGGAUCUGAUCCACGAUUCACCACCAAGAAAAUAAACAAAAAACAAAUACAAACUUGUAAAUAUACUGACAGAAAUAUUUGUCUAGAGCUCCCAUCACUUGUGAACAAGUCGCAGAGUCAAACCAGUGAACAAAAAAAAGAUGAGUUGAGUUUUCGUGUCUUGGUUGUAUACAUGGUGUUUUGGUUUUUAUACGGCCGUUUUUUUUUUGUUUGUUUGGGGUUUUUUCUCUCUUUUUCUAUCUGCAGUACUCAUGACAUUGUGAAUCCAGUGCUUUUGGAUGGUGUUGGCAUAGCAAGUAGUGACAUCAUGUCUCAUAUCACAAUGUGCAUAGUCCUCAACAGAAACUAUUGGAGGGAGAUGCAUGCGAUCCAAUGCAGUAACUUGUCGUUUAUUUUCAGGAUUCUUCACUGCAGGAAACCUUGAAGUAGACCAAAUAACUAAAGAGAAAUACCCAUCUUUACAUUUUUCUUGCGGUAUAAGGUGUUUAUCUCUAAUUCUUGUCAUUUUUCUUUAUUACAUGUCCAAGUUGCCUUUAUUUUCAUGCUCUCAGUCGUUCCCUUUUUGUUUUGUACUAUUUGUGCUGUACUCUUGCUCUGCUCUGGUGCCUCCUGGUGGAACCUGCGAGUACUACAGGCGGUGAGGAAAGGAGAGGUACUAAACUCUGAAGUAAAGACAGUUUUUUGUUAUGUUG